AUUUCAUGGGAACUAAUUCCUCAAACCUACAAAGAAAAAGGUUGCGUUAUUGUUUGUGUGGAAUCGAGACGCCAUUGGCCACUUCAAGGAUAAUCCAAAACCCUAUAAGGAUAUUUUAUGCCUAUGGUUUAUUUAAGAUACAUGGCAAAAAAGGAUGCAAAUGUUUUGACUCGUUUGAUGAUGAGACGAGCGAUCGGGCCAAAAGGGUGAUAUUAUUUCUACUAAAGGAGAUUGAUGAGAUGAAGAAGAAGGAAAAUGAGUCAAAGAUAAUAGAGAAUGAUUUGAAGAUGAACAUUAAAUUUAUAGACAAAAAGCUGGAGAAGAGGUAUACACCUGACGAUGAAAUGAAAUGGUUCACAUUGGUGAUUGUAAUGUUGCUUGUGUUUACAUAUGUUGCAACAUAUGUUAUGAAACAGGUUUUUUAAAGUAGCGUGCUCCUAUGUCAAAUAAUUAUAGUUGGCGUGUUGUUUAAGUUUUAUUUUGGGGUGUUGUUUAGGGUGGUGCUGUUUAUGUUUGCUUUGUAUGCUUUAGUCCAUUGUGUUAUGUAUUACCCUACUAGUUGGGUUUAAUUUUAAUGUUAGGAUGUUUUAAA